GCCAGAUGUCUUUAUAGUUUCUACCGCUUCCUUCUCUCUUCAUGUUCAUGCAUUAGCAUUUUGCCAAUUCAAACUUCUUCUCCGCCGAUCGCCAUGGUAGUAGUGUCUCAGCAAGUUGAUGAAAAUUUUGCUCACACAAAAACAUGUAAGCCCGCUUCUAACAUUUUCACUGAAAUUCCGGAAGUAGAUCUCUUAGACCCUGAUGCAAAAACCCUCAUAGUUGAGGCCUGCAAAGAAUUCGGAUUCUUCAAAGUGAUCAACCAUGGAGUUCUAAUGGAGUCCAUAGCCCGAUUGGAAGAUGAAGCUAUGAAGUUCUUCAAUUUACCACAGCAGGAAAAAGAAAAGUCUGGCCCUCCAAACCCUUUUGGCUAUGGUGACAAGAAAAUUGGCCCGAAUGGUGAUGUGGGUUGGGUUGAGUAUCUUCUGUUCAGCACCAACUCUGGAAAAUUAGUUCUCCCUGGGAUUUCGGAAUCUUUCUGGUCUUUUGUGAACGAAUAUUUGUCAGCAAUGAGAAAUUUGGCAUGCGAGGUACUGGAAAUAAUAGCAGAAGAAUUGAAAAUAGGGCCAAGAGACAUUUUGAGCAGGCUUUUAAGGGAUGAGAAAAGUGAUUCUUGUUUUAGGAUAAACCAUUAUCCUCCAUGCCCAGAGCUUCAACACUUGAGUUGUCGAAAUUUGAUAGGUUUUGGAGAUCAUACAGACCCACAAAUAAUAUCUAUCAUAAGAUCUAACAACACAUCAGGCCUGCAAAUCUAUCUGAAAGAUGGUACAUGGGUCUCAGUCCCACCUGAUCACUCCUCCUUCUUCAUCAAUGUUGGUGAUUCAUUACAGGUGCUUACCAACGGGAGAUUUAGGAGUGUAAGGCACAGAGUUCUGUCAAGCAGUUUGAAUUCUCGAAUUUCAAUGAUUUUCUUCGGAGGACCACCUUUGACUGAGAAGGUUACACCUUUAUCCUCAAUAAUGGAACAAGGAGAAGAAAGUUUGUACAAUGAGUUCACAUGGCACGACUACAAGAAAUCAGCCUACAAAACAAAAUUAAGUGAUAACAGGCUAGGGCUUUUCGAAAAAUCUUCUACCCAUAAUAAAUAGUCAAUUCGAAUCCAAAACGAGGUCUAGUUGAGAAAGUUGACCCAAGAGGUCUUACCAUUGGUGGAAAGAAAUAGCUUUUUUUCCCCCUUCCUUUUGUUUAUUUUCUUCCUUAAUUUCAUCACCAAACUUUUCCUUUUGUGUUUAAAUGUAAUAACUGCCCCCCUCUACUAUUAAUGCAAAUGUUAUCCGCCAUGUCAUCAUGUAUAAUAUUUCAGAGCAA